UCCCAUAGCAGGUGAAUGAAUAGGUUCGCUCUUCCUUAGUUCCAGUCAACGCAUGCCAUGAAGAAGGUGAGCGAGAAGAAUCUUCUUGAUCGGAUUCGUGCUUUGCAACGAAGCGACAAAGCCAACAAGCGGUGUGCAGAUUGUACUGAGGUGGGUCCGACCUAUGUGUGCCUCACCUUUGGGACCUUCGUGUGCACCACCUGCAGUGGACUCCACCGGGAAUUCAGCCACAAGGUGAAGGGCAUUUCCGUCUCAAAGUGGACGGUGGAGGAGGUCGAGGACCUCGAACGUGGAGGCAAUGCCAAGGCGGCGGACAAGUUCCUGGCGCGCUGGGACCCCCGUGACUGCCCAGAGCCUGAUAGCUCGGAUCAGAACAAGUGCCGGGAAUUCAUCAAGAUGAAGUACACCGAGAAGCGCUGGGUCGAGCGCAACGGCGACCGGGAUCAUGGUCGAGACCGCGACGACCGAGACGCUCGCCGCUACGAUGGAGGCCGCGAUCGCGACGAGCGCGACCGACACUUUGACCGCGAAGCCGGCGACGGCCGCGACGGCCGCGACGGCCGCGACGGCCGCGACCGAGACCCGAAGAGGCACAAUGAUUCUGAUGCCCGGGAUCGCGAGGCGGAUGACCGAAAUGGAGACCGUGAUCGACGCUACGACCGUGAUCGGCGUGACGAUCGGGGAGACCGUGAUCGGCGCGACGAGCGGCUCGACCGGGGAGACCGAGAUCACCAUGACCGCGAUCGGCAGGAUCGGCAGGAUCGGCAGGAUCGGCACGGGCGGGACUUUCGAGAGGAGCGAGACAGAGGCGAUAGACAUCGGGAGGAGGACUUCCGUCAUCGGAAGGAUGAGGACGAUGGAAGGUACAGUUCCAGAGACAAGCGCGACUGGGACGACCGGGACCGAGACCGAGACCGAGAUCGCCGCGACCGCUACGACGACCGCGACCGGGAUCGCUACAACGACCGCGACCGGGAUCGCUACGAUGACCGCGACCGGGAUGACCGGCGGCGCUACGACGACAGGGAUAGAGACGACCGGCGCUACGACGACCGGGAUCGGGAGGACGAGCGGCAUCGGAGGCGGGAUGACGACCGUCGACGGGUCUCAGAGUCAAGGACAGACGAUUUCUUUCCAGAUGGUGGCAGGAAUGGUGCACAUGGCCAAGGGCCAGCACACCAAGCACAGGCCGACUGGGGAGAUUUCUCAGGUGCCCCGGUGGCCGCCGCCCCGGUGGCCGCCCCGGUGGCCGCGCCGGUGGCCGCGCCGGUGGCCGCGCCACCGGGCGGCUUGCUGGAUCUCGACCUGGACUUUACGGCUGCGCCACAGGCACCCCCACCUGCAGACGUGCCGGUGCACGCAGCUGCCCCCGCACCCGCGGGUGCUGCACCCGCAGCAGCGCCACCCGUGGCGCGCUUCUCGGCCUUCGACGACCUCUGCGAGCCCCCGGCGAACCCGCAGGUGGGCCAUGGCAGCGUGCCACAGCCACAGCAGAUGCCUGUGCCCGUGCAACCGGGAGGGUCGAUGCCUAUGCCUGGCAUGAGCCUUUUAGGCGGCCCUCAACAGCUGCAGCAGAUGAGCCCUGAGCAGCUCAUGCAGUGGCAGAUGAUGCUGCAGAGCCAGAUGCAAAUGGUGAUGCAGGUGUUGCAAAGCAAGCAAAGCCAGAUGGCACCAGUGCCUGGGGCGCCGCCAAACGCGCCGGGCGAGGGUCCCGGUCAAUUCAAUGAUUUGGUCAAUGCCUUCCAGCAGAGGAAUGUGCCAGCCAAUGUGCCCCAGGCAGCCGGAUGUGCAGGCGGCUAUGCGGGUGCCCCAGUCCCGCAGGCAUCUCCGGCCCCAGCUCCUGAGUCCGGAAAUCCGUUUGACAUGUUUUAGACGGUCGCAGAGAAGCAUGGCGCAAUUGAUUUGGAUGCGUGGAGCGGAU